UUGCUUGCUGUCUUUCUCUAUUGUAAGUUUGUAACAUUCUCAAGUCCAGAUCUUACAGACUGGGUUCGGUUAUUAAAUCAAUUACUCGACAAUUGGGAUUUGGUAGUUUCUGUGAUCUGAAUCUGAUUGAGCUGCAUGCACAUAUUCAGCGGUAGUGGAUGUAAUGAAGCAAAAUUUUAUAUAGAAAUUUCGGGGGAGGGGAAAGGAAAGAAGUAACUGGAAGUUCGUGUUUUUCUGAUAUUCUAAAUAAAGUAAUUGAAUUUUGUCUGCCGGAAUCAUGAAGAUUCUGUUUUCUGCUAUUGCUCUUUGGUCUGUUUGUGUUCUAUUGGUCAUUGGAGUUACGGAUUCAUAUCUCCCUGAGGCCGAGUUUCGGUUUGAAAGGAGUUCUCAUCCAACAUAUAAUUAUGACCGGAUUGAUGAAGUUCGGAGGCAAUGUGCCCCAGUCUUAUCUUCUGCCUCUGAAUUGAGAUCUGGAUAUGAUGUGGUUGAUGGUAUGAAACAAGAUCUUUCCUUUGUCAAUGGCGAUUGGAGCCAAGAUGGGGGUAAGUUUCCCAUAAUGCCAUUUGAUGCGGGGAAAUUUUCUGGGACCUUGCCAUCUGAAGACCGGACUCCAUUGAAGUUAGUCUCUUUUUGGGUAACAGACAUUGAUCAUACGCAUAGAAUGAAAAAGUCAAUUCCUGUCAAUGGAUUCUUGAUAAUGGGCAUUACUAGAGAUGGUUCUUUUGUGGAUAAUGCCUAUGGUGGAAAUGCUGAUUACCAGCUAUGGCCUGGCCAUUCUCAGCUUUCAAUUCCCUUUCAAGGGUUUUACACUGAGUCGAAGAAAAAUGGUGGGGAGAGGGUGUUAUGUUUAUUAGGGGACACAAUGCUUCCAACUCGAGAGACUGAUCCUGCCAAUCCAUGGGGAUGGAUGAAGACUUCUGGUAAAAAUAAUGAUGAAAUGCCUCUGUCAGAAGAUGAUCAAAUCAUCUUAGUUCUUCACUACCCCAUGACAUUCACAUUAACUAACAGGGUUAUCAGCGGAGAGUUGAGAAGUUUAAAUCGCGAAUCAAAUACUAAAUACUUUGAUGUGGUUCACAUAACAUCACAAUUGGGCAGGUCAGCAAAGUAUUCAUUUGGCGCAAAAGAUAUUGUAUCUAAAGCAUGUAAUCCAUACCCAUACAAGGAUAACCUGACAACUGAUGGCAUCAGUGUCUAUAAAGGCUUAAGAUUUUGUCAAAUUCUUGAAGAAAUCACCAGGGGCCAACCGUUAUCUGUUGUGCCAAACUGGAGAUGCAAUGGGAAAGAUAAUUUCUGCAGUAAAUUAGGCCCCUUUUUGUCAGAUAAGGGAAUCAAAUCAACAGAUGGAAGCUUUAAAGAUGUUAAAAUUUACAUGCAGAAUGUUAUCUGUGAGCAAGCAACUACUCGUGGCAAUGCUGGUUCUGCUAGGGUAUUUACAAAUUUUAGAGCUGUUUCUCCAUCGAAAAUCAGUACACUGCAGCAAAAAGAUCUGGCCCUAGCAACAUGUCUCUUGCUGCUGAAGGUUUUGGAAAUCUUCUAG